UUCUAGCGAUGCUUCAAAUUAAAGCGAUUAAAUGGCGAGUAAAUUCAAAAUACUGAAUUAACUAAUACAUGUACAUAUUUUUCUGCGUAUCGAUUGAUGCCUAUCUACCCGGGUGACCGAGGAGCGACCUACCCAGCGAAGCGCGUAACUGGUUGUUACUGUAUGUAAGGAAAAGCAUAUACACAAUAAGCAGUAAUGGCAAAACAAGGAGUCAACGAGGAAAUAAGCGAUUCUGAGCUCCUGGAGGUUGACCUGGAGGCUUUCAUUGCUGAGAGCCUGGAUGUGGGAAAUUCUCAAAACAGCUCAAUGCAAGGUUGCAGUCCUGGGAGGAAUGACACUGGGAGGUCUGUGGAGGCUAGCUGUUCUACCCAGAAACCUUUGCUCAGUGGAAACAGUGAUUUGAUGGUUUCGCUCAAAAGGAAAAGAAAUGUGGCCAACAAAAAUCCCAUGCAGCACUUUCACCUGCAGCAUUUGUGGGUGACUGAUGUGUCCAGUCAAAGCUGGUGUGAACUGCAGGUUGUUCAUGGAUUUGAAAAACCAGAUGUAAGAAAGACCGUCAAUGAUGACCCUGUUGUGUUGGCUGGGUCCAGUGUCCAUCUGGCUAGAGAGCUAGAAGAACACGACGUGGUAUCGGUGAGCACUGAAAGCCGAGAGGACCAUUGGGCUGCCAAGUUUCUCAAUGUGCUUACUGGCCUUACAAUGCUGAAGGAAAGUGGCCGGGUUCGAGAACUGCCAGUUUUUGGGCAGGUAGAGGGAAUCUUCCUGGUGGGAGUCAUUGAUGAGCUGCAUUACAGCCCCAAGGGAGAGUUGACAUUGAGUGAACUGAAAACCCGUCUUCGGAAGUCUCUGCCAUCUGCGGCCCAGAGGAGGACUCAUGACUUACAAGCAGGCAUUUACAGGCUCCUGUUUGACAGGAUGGUCCAAGGGAAGUUGGAGAGCCAAACAUUUGUGCAGAGCCUUAAAUUGAGACCGGACAAGCAGUUGGCACCAGGGGUUUGUGACCAUGCCCAAGCUGUUGGCUUUCAUGUAUGCACCUUCAGUGAUGCCCUGGAAUUGCUUCUUUUAAACCUGACCUACAUGGAGACCCCUAACAUUGAUAAUUUGAAAAUUGAGUACGUCCACCAAAGCACAGGUGCCCCACUUGGCAUUAAAGAGGUACAAUUCAGUGAGCCCCGUUUAUUGGCUGAGCUGCACUACUUGCUGUCUUAUUGGACUGGCCAGAGAGAACCCCAGGGUGUGGAUAUUGAAGAUUCGUGGAAAUGUGGCUGGUGUGUUUUUACUGAGCAUUGUGAAUGGAGGAAAGCAACUGUGAAAAAUACAGGGCAAUCAGUUUGGAACAAGAGACGCAGAUGAUGUUCUUAUGAAAUGUGCAAAUGAUGUCCAGCAUCCUGAAUAUGAGAAAAGGCUAAUCACUGCGAUUGUGCCUGGGCUGAAAACCAUCCUGUGUAAAACAAUUUGUUACGUUAAAUCAAAAAGACAGACGAUGGCAAAAUUAUCUUAAGCAUAAUGAAUGGCUUUACUGCUUAACAAGAUUCAAAUACUGUAUAACGCAAAAAUUAACUGAUAAUUUUUCAUUUGUUAUUGAUAAUUCCUCUGUCUCCCCUUCCCCACAGGUUAAGAGUCUGGGUGUCAUCCUUGACAGUACUUUAUCUUUUCAGUCCCACAUCAAUAACAUAUCCAGGUCUGCAUAUUUCCACUUGUGUAACAUUAAUCGUUUUCACCCCUUCCUCACUCCCCACACCACUGCUAUCCUCGUUCAUAGCCUUGUCACUUCUCGUCUGGAUUAUUGUAAUUCCCUUUUCUUUGGUCU